AGACAUGUACACUCUAUUGCGAAUUCUAACAUCUAUUCUUCUCAUCGCAUUUGCCAACUCAUAUGUAUCAGAUUACGUUGAAAAAUCCUCGGAAGCAUCAAUUGAGGAAACAAAUUGGGUCGAUGAGAAAGAAAUUCGUGAUCGUCUCUCUGUGAUUGCCGCCGAAAAAUUCUCACACCACUAUCAUGAACACCCGCAGAUCGAGGUUCAAAAUGUGACGAAAACGAAAAGCAGAUCAGUUAUCAGGUCAGCUGUUGAGAAAACGCGUAGGAAAAGAGACGGAGGCAUCGUUUCAGGACCUGUCGCCACGGCUUUGGUUACUGGAAUGAUUGGAAUGACCGCAAAGACAGUGGCCGAGUUGACAAGUUUCAAUCCACGUCUUUCCGAAGGUGGAUGUGAAUGGUUUGGAACUGCACCACUUUGCAAUUUCCCGUGUCCUUCUGAUUAUGACUACAUUCGUGCAAAUAACGGAAGAUGCUCUUCUUGGUGGCUCUCCGGAUUCUGCUCUCCUGAUCCAAGUUUCGGAAAGCCAUGCUCCACGAUUCUCGGAGACUAUUUUAGUAAACGAUUCUGCUGUAAAUCCGAUCCAAUGGAGUGUACGUGGUCUGGAAGAUGGAUGGGUGCCAAUACAGCACAUAAUAUCUACUGUAGAUACGACAAUGUUGGAAAAUGUGGAACAAUUGAUUGUUCUAUCAAUCACUUUACUUUGAAGGCACAAAAUUCAUCUGAAAUUACCGGCGAUCGUUGUGACCGUCUCGAGCUGUUUGGUCUUCGUGGAAAAGCCACGUGUGGAUAUAUUGCAUGGUUCAAUGAAGAUGGACAUAUUGUGAAUUCGUGGUACAAGACUAGGUAAACCAGUUGGAAUAUCUGCUCCACUUCUUCAUUUUAAUGAUAAUAAUAUGUUUAUGUUAAUUAAUAUUCACCAACAUUUCUAUGUUUCUCUUGAUCUCUCCCCCCUCCUCUGUUAUCAUUUUUCAUUUUUGUUAACCUUUUUUGCAGGCGGUAAAGAACUCAAAAACUCAAAACUCACCGGAUGAAAUUCAAUCUCAAAAUCGCUUGCCAUUAUUAUUAUCUUAACUUAUAAGUUAACUUACUCAUUGUAGAUUCAUAAUUGUCAUUUACGGGUUUUGCUUUUCUAUGUUGAAUGAAUUAUAUUGAAGAUUU